AUGACUUCCCCUAACUAUGCUCAUCACUUUUCAGCCCGCAAUAUCCCGUUUGGAAUUGCAUCAUCAGACGCUCAUCCCAAGCUCCAAGCGGUCACCCGGCUGGGAAAUUCAGUUAUCUUUCUUCAUGACUGUCACACCAGUAGUAACCUGCUCGGGGAGAUCAAAGAAUUACCCCACGAGGUGUUUGCCCAUGACACCCUCAACAAAUUCGCGGCUCUCCCAAAGGCCCUUCAUCAAAGUGUCCGCAGGGUCAUCCAAUCUGCUUGCCAGAAUGGAGCCAUCGACGUGUCCAAGUUGCCGCCAGGCAGUUUCGAAGACGUCACGCAAGUCCGGAUGCACAUGCCUGUCACAGUUGGCGAUUUUGCAGACUUCUCUUGCUCUCUAGAGCACGGCAAGAACGCCGGCCGCAUCAUAAUCAACGAUGCCCGUCCACCGCCAGCUUUCUUCAACUUCCCCAUCGCAUACCAAGGGCGAGCCAGUUCUGUUGUGGUGUCUGGAACCGACAUCGAGCGUCCGAUGGGCCAGUAUCGCGACAAAUCCGCCCCAACAACGGCCAACGAGCCAAAACCGGUGGUGUACGGUCCCUCGAAGUCGGUUGACUACGAGCUCGAGUUUGCCGCCAUCAUCGGUAAACCCUUGGCUAUGGGGCGCAGGUUGAAUGCGGUCGAUGCGGAUGAGCAUAUUUUUGGGUUUGUCAUUCUAAAUGACUGGAGUGCUCGAGACAUUCAGGGGUUCGAGAUGACCCCACUGGGCCCCUUCAACGGCAAGAACUUUGGCACAUCUAUCUCACCUUGGAUCGUGACUCUCGACGCCCUCGAGGCGUUCAAGGCAGAGGGCCAGAAACCUGUGGUUGAUAUCCCGAAGCACCUCCAGGAUCCGGAGCUUCGGACGUACGCUAUCCAGAUGCAGGUAGAGAUCCUAUCGGGCGAGACAGCUACGAUGGCGGGCACAUCUUGGGUGCAAAGUUUGUAUUGGUCAUCGCGGCAGAUGGUCGCGCAUGCUGUCAGUGCUGGAGCCGCCUUGAGGACCGGAGACAUCAUGGCGACCGGCACAGUGAGCGGGGAUGGGGAAGAUGCCAGGGGAUGCAUGUUGGAACUUACGGAGGGGGGUUCAAAACCAUUCAAACUGAACGACGGCACUGAAAGGGGGUUCUUGCAUGAUGGGGAUGUGGUGAGAAUGACGGCCGUCGCCGGUGAGGAGCAGUCAGGGGUUGGGUUUGGAGAGUGUAUUGGCAGACUUGUUGCGCACCGACCUUAA